AAGACAAAGACAGAGGCGUUAAAAGGUGGUGGGAGGGGGGAAAAGGCAAAAUCGUUUUCAAGCACACAGUAGACAAGAAAGAGUGUGUGUCAACGUAGUAACAUAAAUGCAACUGCUUCUCUUUCUCUUUUCAUUCAGAUGAGAUCAAUGCACUUCCAUUUCCACCUCCUCCUCUAGGGUUUCUCUUUAUCCCUUUCUUCCACGCAUCCCGACUCCGAAUUCAAUUCCCCUUGCAUUCAACUCUCCUUUGCCGAAUCUGCAACAAUUACACAAAAUGAAUUGCUAACAACACGCACACACACUCUCCGUGUUUUUCCCCCCUCUCUUUUUUAAGAAGAACGCGCUUUCUCGUAUCUCCUCGUUUGAAGAAGCGAAACGGCAUCGCAUUCGAUGAGUGAUGCGAAGGUGUUGCUUAUUCUCUAUCUUUAGGAAAGAAGUGGGUUUUGCGUGUGGCCAGAUGCGAGACAACUUUGCUUAAGGAAAGGUCUUCUGUAUGGAUUUAUGCGAUUAUUUUCAAUACCAUUAAAAACAUUGCGCGGAGCUAGUCGGUCGUUGAGAGUGGAUCAAUUUUGCAGUGUAGUGAAUCUAUCUUCCUCAUUGCAGAUAGAAUUGGUUCCAUGUCUUAGGGACAAUUAUGCAUAUCUUUUACACGAUGUGGAUACGGGGACAGUUGGUGUUGUUGAUCCUUCCGAAGCUGCGCCUAUCAUAGAUGCGUUGAGCAAGAAAGAUUUAAAUUUGACUUACAUACUGAACACCAACCACCAUCCUGAUCACACUGGUGGAAAUGCAGAGUUGAAAGAAAGGUAUGGGGCAAAGGUAAUUGGUUCAGAAAUAGACAAGGAAAGAAUUCCUGGUAUUGAUAUCUAUUUGAGUGAUGGUGAUAACUGGAUGUUCGCAGGCCAUGAAGUGCAUAUAUUGGCCACACCUGGUCACACCGAAGGUCAUGUAAGCUUCUACUUUCCAGGUUCUGGGGCAAUUUUUACUGGCGACACCUUGUUCAGCUUAUCAUGUGGCAAGCUCUUAGAAGGAACCCCCGAACAGAUGCUAUCUUCUCUUAAAAGGAUCAUGUCUUUGCCAGAUGAUACAAGUAUUUACUGUGGUCAUGAAUAUACCUUGAACAAUUCAAAGUUUGCCUUGUCUAUAGAACCUGAAAACAAGGAACUUCAAUCCUAUGCUACCCAUGUAUCUAACCUUAGAAAUAAAGGCUUGCCCACGAUUCCAACUACGCUGAAAGUGGAAAAGGCUUGCAAUCCAUUCCUUCGCACAUGGAGCAUAGAAAUCCGGCAAAAACUAAAUAUUGCAGCCACGGCAGAUGAUGCAGAAGCCCUGGGUGUUAUCCGGCAAGCAAAGGAUAAUUUUUAGAAUUUUUUAAUUAAAAUUUAAAAUUCUAAAGAUACUUAUUCUGUAUAGAUUAGGUUAAUGAAUCCAUCAAAUGGAAUAAUAUUUACUUGGUGAUAUCGUAAUAUAAUUUUUCAAUUUUCUUUGGGUUCAUUUGAGAUGUAAAUUAGAUUUCAGUUUUGUUGGCCUGAUGGGAGUCAAAAUCAUGAUGGUGCGUGGAAGAAGCUCAUCACUCAGACACUCCCUUCGUGUUUAGCAUAUAUAUGCAUAUGUUGAGAAUUAUUUAGAAAGUUGUAUUUUGAUCCAUUGCACUUUUGUGACAUGAAGAUUUUAAAUAUUUCAAAGACUAGUUUGUACAUUUAAGAGCAUUAA